CAGGGGCGGGAGACAACCGGGGCAGGGGGGUCGGCCCGGGCCGGGGGGAGGAGGGAGGCCUGGCGCCCGCGGGCCCGCCUCCGCCGCGGCCGCGCCCUCCUCCGGGGCGGGAUAAUUGAACCGCGCGGCCCGGCUCGGCUCGGCGUUGGCUGCGGAGGCUCAGGCCGAGCGUGGAGCCGCGCCCGGAGCAGCAGAGACCCCGCGCCUUUGUCCGCUGGCCACAUGGAGCCCUCCGCCCCGCGCCCGGUCCCGCUGCGGCUGCUGCUGCUCGGCGGCCUCUCGGUGCUGGCGGCCCAAGUGGGUGCAGACAUCCCCAUGGAAAGCUGCUGUGCAGAUGGACAUCGGAUGGCCACCCAGCAGAGGGACUGCUCCGAGCCAUAUGCCUCUGAAUCCAAAGAAUGCAGGAUGGUCCAAGAGCAAUGCUGUCACAGCCAGCUGGAGGAGCUGCACUGUGCCACCGGCAUCAACCUGGCCAAUGAACAGGACAGCUGUGCCGCCACACACAAGGACAACGCCAGCCUUGAGGCUGUGUUUGUGAAGAGGUGCUGCCAGUGCUGUCUCCUUGGGAAGGCGGCCCAGGCCCAGGCCCAGAGCUGUGAGUACAACCUCAUGGUUGGCUACCAGUGUGGGCUGGUCUUCCGGGCAUGUUGCGUCAAGGGCCAGGAGACCACAGACUUUGCUCCCGGAGACGUUGCCGACUUCCAAGAACCAGCUAAGGCUUCUAAGCUCGAGGAGGAACAAGAGGACCCAUUCUUGAAUGACCGAUGCCGAGGUGGCGGGCCCUGCAAGCAGCAGUGCCGAGACACAGGGGAGGAGGUCGUCUGCUCAUGCUUCGUGGGCUACCAGCUGCAGCCCGAUGGCAUCUCCUGUGAAGAUGUCAAUGAGUGCAUCACGGGCAGCCAUAACUGCCGUCUUGGAGAAUCCUGCAUCAACACCGUGGGCUCUUUCCGCUGCCAGCGAGACAGUAGCUGUGGCACUGGCUAUGAGCUCACAGAAAACAAUGACUGCAAAGAUAUUGACGAGUGUGAGAGUGGUAUUCAUAACUGCCUCCCCGAUUUUAUCUGUCAGAAUACUCUGGGAUCCUUCCGCUGCAGACCCAAGCUUCAGUGCAAGAGUGGCUUUAUACAAGAUGCUCUAGGCAGCUGUAUUGAUAUCAAUGAGUGUUUAAGUAUCAAUGCCCCAUGCCCUGUGGGCCAGACAUGCAUCAACACAGAGGGUUCCUACACAUGCCGGAAGAACGUGCCCAACUGUGGCCGUGGCUACCAUCUCAACGAGGAGGGAACCCGAUGUGUCGAUGUGGAUGAGUGCACGCCCCCCUCGGAGCCCUGUGGGCCGGGGCACCUCUGUGUGAACACCCCUGGCAGUUUCCGCUGCGAGUGUGAGGCCGGUUACUAUUUUGAUGGCGUCAGCAGGACGUGUGUGGACAUCAAUGAAUGCCGGCGCUACCCUGGGCGCCUGUGUGGCCAUAAGUGCGAGAACACGCCGGGAUCUUACCACUGCAGCUGCACCGUGGGCUUCCGCCUGGCACUCGACGGCCGGUCUUGUGAAGACGUGAACGAGUGCAGCAGCAGCCCUUGCAGCCAGGAGUGCGCCAACGUGUACGGCUCCUACCAGUGCUACUGCCGGCGAGGCUACCAGCUCAGCGACGUGGACGGGGUCACCUGUGAGGAUAUUGAUGAGUGUGCCCUGCCUACUGGAGGCCACAUCUGCUCCUACCGCUGCAUCAACAUCCCUGGAAGCUUCCAGUGCAGCUGCCCCUCAUCCGGGUACCGGCUGGCCCCCAAUGGCCGCAACUGCCAAGACAUUGAUGAGUGUGUGACAGGCAUCCACAACUGCUCCAUCAAUGAGACCUGCUUCAACAUCCAAGGUGGCUUCCGUUGCCUGGCAUUCGAGUGCCCAGAGAACUACCGCCGUUCAGCAGAUACGAUGCACCAGGAGAAGACAGACACCAUCCGCUGCAUCAGGUCCUGCCGCCCCAAUGAUGUCACAUGCAUGUUGGACCCCAUUACUACCAUCUCCCACAUUGUCGUCUCGCUGCCUACAUUCCGAGAGUUCAACCGCCCUGAAGAGAUCAUCUUUCUUCGUACUCUCACUCCAUUGUAUCCUGGCAGCCAGGACAUUGUCUUCUACAUCACGGAGGGGAAUCUGCGGGACUCCUUCGACAUCAUCAAGCGCUACAUGGACGGCAUGACUGUGGGUGUUGUGCGCCAGGUACGGCCCAUUGUGGGCCCAUUCCACACCAUCCUGAAGCUGGAGAUGAACUACGUGGUCGGGGGUGUGAUGUCCCAACGGAAUGUGGUCAACGUCCACGUCUUCGUCUCUGAGUACUGGUUCUGAGGGCCAGUCCACUGGGCAGCCAUGGCUGUGCCCGCAGAUGGAAUUGUUGUUGCCCUUAGCUCUGCCUGUCCCCCUUGUGCCAUGCAGAAUCCUCUGAAAUUUAUGUAUUUGUUUGUUUGUAGUGUUAAGCUGAUCUAUAUUCAGCUGGGCCAGAGGAAUUAGUUCAUGGUGUGUCUUUUGGUGUUUAAUGACAUAAUUGGUUGGAAACCUUGUAUAUGUUUAAUGCAAGGUUGCAGUUUGCCCCCUUGCUCUCCAUCUCUGGGCUGAGUCUUGUUAAGCACCAAUGGGGGCAAAAAAGAGACAAUUCUUCUUCAGUGGGUUGCCAGUUCCAACACCAAGAGAAUAGGUCUGACCCAGAUUGUGUGAAAUUUGGCAAAACUUUUUUUUUUUUUGGCCAAUGGUAUGUUAUCUACCCAGUUAUUACUUUUUUUCCUAACCACUUUCUUGAGGACAAGCUGAUUUGUAGGACUUGUCACAGGGGUGCAUUUUGGCAUCUCCCCAAGAUAAGUGUCUGUACCCCCUCAUGUAACACCAAAUGAUGGCUGGGCUUCUUUGGACUCUGUCAAUACAUCCGUCUUUUCUUGUCAUCAGUGGGAAAAUAAACUGCUUUGUGAUUCCUCUGA